AGCCAAAGCCCACCCAGCCCACCCCCAUUACUUUCCCUUGUUCCUGUUUUUUCGGGUCGCCUUCCACCUCACAAACAUCUCCGUCUCGGUUCUCCCCAUUUUGUCCUUUUUCCUCUAUCUGAAUCCGUCCCAGGUGUUUCAGGUUUCUGUUUUGCAAUCUUGUCGGGCACCCCAUUGGAUCUAUGCUGGUGUUUUGGGGGAGCUCCCUUUCCACGUUUAAGUUCUUGAUCAUCCCCGUCGACCUCGAGGCAGAGUACUUGUCGGUUUCUUGAGCUCUGCCUGUCUCUGUCCAUCCUCGUUCUGUCGGGGGUUCUAAGACAUGGAGUCUCCUUGCUCUGUGUCUCCACGUGCAGAUCAGAGUAGUAGGAGAUCUUACCUCUGCAACUUCUUCCCUGUUGCUUGUUUGCUUUGUUUGGCGCUCUUCAUAGGGACUACAUUUUUAGCUUCGGAUUACAAAGAGAAGUUCACACAGUGGGGCGGUGGACAGAAGUUGAGAACCAAUAAAUGUGAGAAUCGUUGCAGGCCUCCAGGAAGCGAGGCAUUACCUCAAGGUAUUGUUGCCAGCACCUCCAAUUUGGAAAUGAUACCAUUAUGGAACUCCAGUAAGAAAAAUAUCACUUCGCCAGCAAACCUAUUUGUGAUGGCUGUCGGAAUAAAACAAAAGUAUCUUGUCAAUAAAAUGGUUGUGAAGUUUGUAGCAAGCGGUUUUGCCAUAAUGCUUUUCCAUUACGAUGGUGCCGUUGAUGAGUGGAAGGACUUUGAAUGGCACAGUCAGGUCAUACAUGUAUCUGCAACCAGCCAAACUAAAUGGUGGUUUGCCAAACGUUUUCUUCAUCCUGAUAUAGUUGCUGAAUACGACUACAUUUUCCUUUGGGAUGAGGACCUGGGAGUUGACGAUUUCCACCCAGAGAAGUAUUUAUCAAUUAUUGAGAGAGAAGGCCUUGAGAUAUCUCAGCCAGCACUUGAUCCGGCCAAGUCAGAGAUUCAUCAUCUAAUCACUGCACGUUUGAGGAAUUCAAUUGUGCAUAGGAGGACAUACAGGCCUGGCGGUCCCGGUAAAGUUUGUAAUGCCCAGAGCACAUCUCCUCCAUGUACUGGGUGGAUUGAGAUGAUGGCUCCAGUCUUCUCAAGAGCUGCCUGGCGCUGUGUAUGGUACUUGAUCCAGAACGAUUUGAUCUAUGCUUGGGGCCUAGACAUGCAGCUCGGAUAUUGUGCACAGGGAGAUCGAAUGAAUAGGGUCGGUAUCGUGGAUGCUGAGUAUGUUGUUCAUUACAAUCGGCCCACGCUUGGUGGUGCAGAUGAGGACAAGACCCAGUCAACGUCAUCUGAAGAUGAUUCCGGAUCUGAAAAUGCGAAAGCAGCGGCAACACCAAAGUCCCAUAAACAUGAUCCUCGGGUCGAAGUGAGGAGGCAGUCGUAUGUCGAGCUUGCCGAAUUCAAGAGACGAUGGAGAAAAGCUUCCAGGGAGGAUCGGUGUUGGGUCAAUCCAUACCCACAGAGCAUUCCACUCUGACCAUGAGGAUGUCUACUUACUUUCGGUUCUCAUUCCUGGAAAUGGGUCAGCUUUUUAUAGACGGCCGUACGUAUAUAUGCGCAAAGAGGAGAUGCCAAAGGCAAAGGGCAGCAGUUCUUCAUCUGCUUAGGCUUAGAAAACAUCGGGAGGAUUCAUCGGACUUGGAGAUCUUAAAUCUUAAUGUAAAGUUCGCCCCUGUGAACCAUAUGAUUCAUUACUUAACGAGCCGUCUACUUCCUUGACUGGAAGUGUACAUAUUUAUCAAUCGUAAUCAUGUGUUUUUGUGCUUCACAA